AUGGGAAAGCGCAAGAAGAGCUCUCGCGCGCCCCAGGGCAAGAAGAGGGGCGACCCUCUCCCCACCGUCUUCACCUGUCUCUUCUGCAACCACGAGAAUUCCGUCACCGUUAAGAUCGAUAAGAAAGCCGGAAUCGGCUCGCUGGAAUGCAAGGUCUGCGGACAGCGCUUCCAGUGCACCGUCAACUGUAUGCUCAAGCCCCCGAGAAACCAGACCAUAACCCGCGCGCACCCACACCUGUCGGCUGCAGUGGACGUCUACGGUGAAUGGGUUGAUGCGGCAGAGGAGGUUGCUAAGGACGGAGGCAGCGGUGCAGCCGUACGGGAUUACGCAGAGGCCAGUCGCGCGACACGCAAAGACAGAGACACAGCCAACAACAGCGACGAUGGCCAUCCGCAAUACAGUGGGGACGGGAUCGUGGGAGACGAUGAGGAGUACUAA